UCUGCUGUUGGCUCCGACUGGGGCAAAUUAGCCAAAUAAUGAUUUGUAAAAUCUCUUAAAUGAAAUAACAUGAUAGUUUUCUUGUUAACAAGAAAUACCAUUUAUUUUUUCUUAGCAACCGCGUGACGCAAGUAUGGCAACGUGAACGUGAUUGAGUUAACUGCAGUGCGGUAGUGCUAUACGUUCGAACAUUGUUCACCAAACGGAAGUGAAAUCUCUUGUAAAAUCUCUUUCUCAGAACAUGACGACUACCGUAUUACGAAAGUAGAUAGAAUGACAAAUCACAGUUGAGUACUGUAGAUAUUUCUGUGUCUAGCCAACUUCUUUCUGAACCCUCAGCAACCAACCGGAGCCAACCCAUGCCGGUCACUUUGUUACCUAGCAACAAAAUGAAAACAAACACGUAACAUUUCUCUGUUUAGAUCUCUUCCUACAAUGGCUGGAACAUGCUUUUGUGAGGCGUUUGAGCUUUAUAACAUUCUCAAUCAGUACACUUGCCAGUCUAGACUAUUGGAGUUCAACUAUCUCUAUUUGAUAGAUGCUCGUGCUAAAGGACAGUACAAUACCAGCCAUAUCAUCACUGCCAGAAAUGCUAAAUGGGACUCGAAAGGCAAGUUCAUUAUAAAUGCAGGAGUGGAGGUGGAGAGUAUGAGGUAUAUUGUGGUUUAUGACAGCAGCACAAGUUCUUUGCAAGGUUCAGGUGAGGCAAUUGAAUGUGCGGAGGCCCUGACAAAAUCAAGUCACAAUCCUGUCAAGAUUCUGAAAGGAGGUUAUCAGAGGUUCUCAGCCUUUUAUCCUUUCUUUAGGACACACAAAAUCCUUUACACCAUAAAGGAAUUGGAGAGUUUCAGGCCUUAUCCAGUGGAGCUCUUGCCAGGUCAACUCUACUUGGGCGAUUACAAGCAGGCCAUUAAUCCUGAUGUCCUAAAAGACCUCAAACUGAGUGCUCUUGUCAAUGUCUCUGAAGACAGUAGUCACGUGUUUGAAAAGGGAAGCCCCACCAUUCUUCACAUCAACGUGGCAGAUUCAGUGGUAGCCGAUCUGUUCUCCAGUUUUGAGAGGAUUAGUGUUUUUAUUGGCUCUUGUCUCAACACUGGAUCUGCAGUUUUGAUCUUUUCCAAUAACGGAAUAAGUCGUUGUAGUGCUGUGGCCAUGGGUUUUCUCUUGCACCAUUUUAAAUAUACACUGAGGGAGUCCUGGGAGCAUGUCCUGCAAUGUAAAACCAACAUCAGGCCAAAUCGAGGGUUUGUACAACAGCUAUCCGACUGGGAACAGCACACACUGGGUAGAAGAAUUACUGAUAUUACAGAGCCCUACUAUUGAGAUGAAAAGUGAAUCAUUUGAAAUCCAGCACUUAAUAGCACCAGAGUCGGAUGGCCUGACUUGACCAGCAAGACCACUCAACACAAAACAAGGACGACAUUGAGGAUGUUUACCCAGGCUUGUUUACAAAUGAUGAAUCAAAUGAUGACUAAUUUUACUCUUGGGAAAGAAUGCAGGCCUAGAUAUUUUAUCAUUAGGAAAAAUAUGUUGGAUUUUUAAAGAUGUCAAUCAAUGAUUGUGAAAAUUGUGUUUUUUGUAAUGCUCAAAGGAGUUAUUUAUUACAGAUCCAAACCGUGCCAUGCUUACAUUGCCUAUAAGGCAAGCAAAAACCUAGAUUACUCUCAUAGUCUUAUUAUUAUUAUUACUGUAUUUGUAAGGUUUUAUUAACAUUAAUUAUGGAAAUGUAUCUUAUCAUAGUAGAUGCAAUUUUAAAUAUUCAAUAAAUGUAUCUAAUCAU